AUGAGUGCCUCAGAAGAAGAAAUUGAAAAACGCACCGUCAAGGAAGAAACCAAGAAAAAAGAUUCAGAGAAUGAAGAAGAGAUUGAAAUUGACGUUUCGAAGCCGGUUCCUCCUUCGAAAAAGUUGAUGCGUAAACUUCGUAAAGCUGGCAAAAUCGACAAGGAAGGGAAUUGGACACCGGAAGCGUUAGAAGAAGCCAAGAAAAAGGAAGAAAAGAGAUUGAAAAAGAUUGAUGUGAAAUAUGGAUCCGGCGCUGGAGAAGAAGAAAAAGAAGAGAGCAAACGGUCGCCAUGGGGAGUUUGGAUCGGUAAUUUGAGUUUUCUUACGAGCCCUGCUAUUUUGAAAGAGUUUCUCGUUCGAGAGACGAAAGAAACUGUAGAGGAAAACGAGGAGAAUCCAUUUCAGUUUACUUCGGAAAACAUCAAGCGGAUUCAUAUGCCUAUGUCCAAAGAACAUCGAAACCAAAACAAGGGAUUUGCCUACAUCGACUUUGAUUCGGAAGAAGCUCUUAGGGCAGCAUUGCAGUGCACGGAAAGACCUUUGAAUGGAAGGAACGUUUUGAUUAAAUCCAGUAAUGACUAUCAAGGCCGACCUCCGAAAUCGGCCAUGCCUUCCAAAACCAUCGCCAGACAGCAGUCUAGGAAUCCUCCCUCCCCCGUUAUUUUCGUCGGAAAUCUUCCUUUUGAUGCUACGGAAGAUUUGUUAAGAGAGCAUUUUGGACAAGCCGGUGGCAUUCGACGCGUGCGUCUGAUGACCUUUGAAGAUUCCGGAAAGUGCAAGGGAUUCGGAUUUGUUGAUUUCCAUGAUGUAGAGACGUCUAUGAAGGCAAUGGCAAGGAGCCAUGAAAGCUGGCGUCUUGAAUACGGUGAAGAUAGAUCAAAGCGCACCCGUAAGGCACCUGAUUCUGUUGCUCGUACCGACGAUCAUUCAGCAAAACGUAGAAAGAACGUUGAUGCCCGUGACAUUCGUCCAGGAGCUUCCUUGGCCAAUGCUCCACGUGGCUCUAUGGGCAUUAAAGAGUCUACGGGUAAAAAGAUUACUUUUGACUAA